AUGCGGUGUGUGGAUGAGUGCGUCCGGCUGAUCAAAUCCGUGCGCCACAUUGCCGAUGCUCGCAAUGUCCACUCCCAGGUGCUGCAAUCACGAUUCAUGUCCACCGACGGCAUCUUUCUCUCCAAUCUCCUCAUCCAGAUGUAUGGCGCCUGCUCCAGCAUCCGCGAUGCGCUCGCCCUCUUUCACUCCAUGCCCGCCAGGAAUCCCUUCUCCUGGCGCCAGAUCCUCCUCUCGUGCCUCGCCAGCAGCAGAGAUCUCUCUCGUGCGCUCUCGAUCCUCGCCAGGACGCCCCAAUUGGAUGUGGUUUCCUCCACCGCGGCAGUGGCGGCGGCGGCCAGGGCGGGGGAUCUGGAUCUCGCGGAGUCUAUUUUCGACGGCAUUCGAUUCCCCAGCGUCAUCUCCUGGAACACGAUGCUGGCGGCCUACGACCAGUUUGGCCGGAUCCGCGAGCUGGAAGAUCUCUUCGAUCGAAUCCCAGAGCGAGAGAUUGUUUCGUGGAUCAUCCUCCUCUCGGCAAAUACCCAAGAAGGAAAUUUUGCUCGAGCCAGGCUUGUGUUUGAUCGAAUGCCACAGUGGAGCGUGGUGGCCUGGAACGCGGCACUCUCUUCUUCCAUGAGAUCCGGCGAUUUAAACUCGACGAUAGCGCUCUUUCACGCCACGCCAGAGAGGAAUCUCAUCACAUGGAGCACUCUCCUGGGGGCAUAUUCACAGUACGGACACCACCGGCUCAAGGACGCCAUGGCGGUGUUCCGUGCUAUGCCACUGUACGACGUGGUGACGUGGACGAUCGUACUGGAUGUGUGCUUUGCCAGCAGCGCUGACGAGGCCAAUCGUUAUUUCCACGCGAUGCCGGCCAGGAAUCUCGUCACGUGGAACACCAUGCUAGGCGGAUAUUCCCGGCUUGGGGACGCGCGGAAAACCGCGCGCCUCUUCCAGCUCAUGCCCGAGCGCGACAUCCUCUCUUGGACGGCACUGCUCACAGCCCACGCGUACGGUAGGAAUAUCUAUGAAUGCCGGAGGAUCUUCAGCGAGAUGCCGUACCACGACACGGCAUCCGAGGCCGCGAUGCUAGGGGCAUAUGCGCUGGCUGGGAAUCUGGAAGACGCCCAGCGCUUCUUUGCCGGCAUGGGCGUACGGAACGUGGUGGCGUGGACGUGCCUGGUUGGAGCGUACGCCAGGGCCGGGCGCUUCCAGGGAGCGUUGGAUGUGUUCCGUACGAUGGUACUGGACGGCAUCCGGCCCAACGAGAUCUCCCUGUGCUGCGUGCUGCUGGGAUGCAGCCACGGCGGCAUGGUAUCGGACGGUUGGGACUGCUUUAGAUCGAUGGCUGGGGAUCAUGGGCUGAGGCCUCUCAAGGAGCACUAUGGUUGCAUGGUGGAUUUGUUGAGUAGAGCUGGGCAUUUGCGAGAUGCCCAAGAUCUAGUCUGGAAUAUGCCCUUUAUCCCUGAUGAGGUGGAGUGGACUUCCUUGUUGGGUGGCUGCAAACUCCACAAAGAUUCCACAAGAGGAUCUGAGGCUGCCAAGUCUGGGGUGAGUCUCAAUCCAGAAUGUGCUUCACUAUAUUCUCUGUUAGCCAAUAUUUGCUCUGAUGAUCAAGAAAAAGAUUAUAGUGGUUAUAACAAAGAUGGUAAAGGUAAGUAG